AGACAUGGCGUCUCUUCUGCAGCCCGACAGAGUGGUUUAUUUGGUCCGCGGAGAGAAAAAGAUCCGCGCUCCGCUCUCUCAGCUCUAUUUCUGCCGAUACUGCAGUGAAUUACGCUCGCUGGAAUGUGUGUCACAUGAGGUUGACUCCCACUACUGUCCCAGCUGUCUGGAGAACAUGCCUUCAGCUGAGGCCAAACUCAAAAAGAACAGAUGCGCCAACUGCUUUGACUGCCCAUGCUGCAUGCAUACCCUGUCCACACGUGCCACCAACAUACCUGCUCCACUGCCUGACGAUCCCACAAAAACCACCAUGAAGAAAGCGUAUUACCUGGCCUGUGGCUUCUGCCGCUGGACCUCUCGCGAUGUAGGCAUGGCCGACAAGUCUGUGGCCAGCGGAGGGUGGCUGGAACCGGAGAAUCCUCACGCUCAAAGAAUCAAUAAGCUGAUUGAGUAUUAUCAACAACUGGCUCAGAGAGAAAAGCUGGAGAGAGACCGGAAGAAACUGGCUCGACGACGUCCCUUCAUGCCUCAGGCUUUCUCGCAACACACUAUACAUGUGGUGGACAAGUAUGGGCUGGGCACCCGACUGCAGAGACAAAGACCUGGAGCUCCUAUCAGCGCUCUCUAUGGUCUCUCUCUUAAAGAGGGAGAGGAACAGAAGGAGAUCAGUAUUGAACCAGCUCAGGCUCUGGAUGAGGUGGAGCCGCUGCCUGAGGACUUUUACACACGGCCGAUCAAUCUGCCUGAAGUCACCACACUUCGCCAGAGGUUGCUGCAGCCCGACUUCCAGCCUGCAGGAGCCUCGCAGCUCCACCCCAAACACAAGCACCUGCUGAUGAAACGCUCACUGCGUUGCAGGAAAUGUGAGCACAAUCUGAGCAAACCAGAGUUCAAUCCAACGUCCAUCAAGUUCAAAAUCCAGCUGGUGGCCGUGAGCUACAUCCCUGAAGUUAGAAUCAUGUCCAUUCCAAACCUGCGUCACAUGAAGGAGUCUCAGGUGCUGCUGACUCUUACAAACCCGGUGGAGAGCAUCACCCAUGUCAGCCUGUUCACCUGUGAGGAGGGAGAUUCUGAUGACAUCAACAGCACAGCUAAGGUGCUAGUGCCGGCAAAGGAGCUGGUCCUGGCAGGAAAGGAUGCUGCAGCCGAGUAUGACGAGCUGGCCGAGCCCCAGGACUUUCAGGAUGACCCAGAUGUGGUGGCGUUCAGGAAGUCCAAUAAGAUUGGCUUCUUCAUCAAAGUGAUUCCUCAGCAUGAAGAGGGCAACGUCACCGUGGCCUUCAAGAUCAGGCAUGACUUCCGCAACCUGGCCGCUCCCAUCAGACCCAGCGACGAGGGAGACCCCCCCACCGAGCUCAUCUGGCUCACACAGCACGUGGAGCUGAGUCUGGGUCCGCUUGCCGCCUAGGCACAAAUAUUCAGUCUCACCUUCAUCCUACAGAUGAGCCAGCGGUCAGCGAGCUCUUGUGGAGCUGAGCUUAAGGCCACUGGUAGCCUAGAUGUACACUUCAGAGACUUGAUAGCCUACACAGAGCGCACUAGUGAAGUCACUACUAUGAACAUGAUAUGUACACGGCUGUACAGGUAACAUGGACGUUCUCGGCAUCUGUCGGAAAAUGCAUUGAUGUCACUAGUGAGGUUUUGAUGGUGUUUAGAAGAAAACCAGUUCAUUAGAAACAACACUCAUGCUUUUGUAUUUAUUUGCUAAGUAAUUAGUGCAGAAUGUGGAUUGAAACACAGCCAUAGGUGCUUGUAAGCUUACAGCUUUAUUCUGGAGUAAACCAGGAAACAACAUGCAGGUGUAGUCAGUAAAGGAUGCGUAAUUAUAACUAAAAAUAAAAUACCACAUAUAUUAAGAUGCUACAGGCCAGGCAGCUUGGUGGCACGGUUGAUUGUGUGUACCGCACAGCCUCAUGCGAUGUAAAAUUCUAGGGUCUAUCCUCAAUUCCUCUCAUUCUAUCUGCAGGGAGUUUGUUUUCCCUCUGCCCACAUACACGGUGGCUCACAGCAAGAAGGUCCUGGGUUCGAUCCCCAGGUGGAGCGGUCCGGGUCCUUUCUGUGUGAAGUUUGCAUGUUCUCCCCGUGUCUGUGUGGGUUUCCUCCGGGAGCUCUGGAUUCCUCCCAGUCCAAGACGUGCAAGUGAGAUGAAUUGGAGAUACAAAAUUGUCCAUGACCGUGUUUGACAUUAAAACUUGUCAUGAAUGUAACCAAACGGUGUAAAACAUGACGUUAAAAUCCUAAUAAAUAAAUAAAUCCUCUGCCCACUUGGGUUUCCUCUUGGUAUACCUCCCCAAACAUACAGAAGGUGGAUUGACUGCUUAAAAUGACCAAUGUGUGGACGAACAGUCGAUUUCUAUCUAUAAAUAUAAGCAAGGGGGGUUUAAUUUGCUUACCUAAAUAAAUGAUUUAUUCAUUCAUGAUUACAGGCCAGUGUUAGCUCAGCAGUUAUGGCACAGGACUAUUGACCAAAAGGUUGCUGGUUCAGGCCCUCCCACCACAAUGUUGCCACUUUCGGGGCUCUGACCAUCAAUUCGUUAAAUCGUAUGCAGUCUGGGUGAUCGGGCAGGUGGAGCAGCUAUCUGACACGCUAGCACAUUAUCUUGUUUGAGAAAGAAAGGUUGGUUUCGGUCUCUUACCGCUGCCAUAUGCGAGCUCUGGGACUGGUCACAUGAAGCUUAGCUUGGCUUUCCGUACACGAUUUGGCUACUUGAUUAGAUCGGUUGUACAAGUGGCAGCAGGUUCACAGCGGGGAAUUGGAUAUGACUAUGAAAAUAGUUUCCGCACUUCUUUAAACUACUGUAUUAAGAAUUUCAAAAACAAAUGACAUCACUUUUCUACAGUCACCUUCCGAUGCAUUUUUUCCAGCAUCGUACCAAAUUUUUAAUGCCAUCACCACAUGAAAAUCUUCUUCCUCUUAAAGCUUCUUUGAACGUCCAAAAAAAUGGAAAUCAGAUGGAGCUAAAUCCGGACAAUAAGCGCCUCUCACUCUCUCAGACACGACCGAUUACUCCUCCUCCCACCCUCACCGCUUCCAACCACAAUAUAAAAGUGCGGAAACUUUUUGAAGAUCCUUCGUAUAAUGGAUAAAAGCUCUGCAUAAGAUCAUUUAAAGCAUCGUUUUUAUUGGAAUCGGCAGCAUUGCAUUUUUGGACAGAUGCCUGAAACGAUCUGUGAAUGCAGCCCUAGUUGCAUUCAUUCAGAGGGAAAUGAUGGCUGCAAUAGUUACAGUAACGCUACAACAGAUCGCGGUCACUGUGUAGAAAUAUUUGUAAAUAAACAUUGCACUUCUAUAACCGUGUUUCUGUAGCGCACACUCGACUUAAUCGGAGGCUCCAAAAUCAACCUGUCGAUCACUAACGCUCAAACACUUGACAUUCUCACUGAUCUUAAAGAGCUUUCCUAUAGGUAUACUGUUCACCUCCUCUCGCAUGCCCUCAUUAACCGUUUCUCAGAACAAUAACUGGGAGCCAGUGCACACAGAGACCCGUUUGUGUAUUGAUCUGCCGCUCUGACUCAUGUACUGUAUGAUUUGUGGCUUUUUCAUAGAGCGCUGCAGAAUGCUGAUGUAUUACGAGAGUUUUUGAUGGUAUAAUUGAUGUAACGUAUUCAUUCUGUGUUAAAGUAGAGAAUAAGCAUCACCGCACACUUUCAGUGUAUUUGCUACAAUAUGACGGCUGCAGAUAUGUAGGAGUCUCAAAUGUGCAGAGAACCCGUACAAUGCAUUACAUUAAUAAAAGUCUGAAACUAAAAACAA